AUGUCAUCAAGCAAGCGCCCACCGAAGGAUGAUUCAAAACUGCCAACUUAUCGACUAGUCGUCAUAGGAGACGGAGGGAAACAAUUUUUGGAUUAUUAUGACCCCACUAUCGAAGACCAGUACAUUCAGCAUUGUGAAGUGGACGGGAACUGGGUAAUUAUGGAUGUGCUCGACACAGCCGGUCAAGAGGAAUUUUCCGCAAUGCGUGAACAAUACAUGAGAAAUGGACGUGGUUUCUUGUUAGUCUACUCCGUGACCGAUCGUAAAAGUUUUGAUGAGGUUGCGAGACUCUAUACACAAGUGCUGCGUGUCAAAGACCGGACAGAGUAUCCUGUUCUCCUAGUCGCCAACAAGGUCAUUGAUUUGAUUAAUCAGCGAGUCGUGUGCGAAGAGGAAGGGAGAAGUUUAGCCGCUGAUCUCAAGCUUCCUUACAUCGAAACGUCUGCAAAGAAUCCUCCGGUGAAUGUGGACGCCGCCUUCCACGAACUGGUCCGAAUUGUUAAGAGUUUUCCUUCUGAUGAAGACGACGAAGAGGUGGUUGUGUAA